UUUUUCGUCAGCAUUUGUCAUGGACUUGUAAUUUUUCUUGCUAAAAAUGAGUUUUUCUUUAACCCCGAAACAACUGAGCACGGUUUCCGAGCUGCAGGAUGCGUCUCGUAUUCUACAGACCCCUGGAAUGCCUCGCGUGCAAGUUCAACAAGCUGAAGAAAUUUUCAAGUCCUUCAGGCGGCUAGAGAAGCCCUAUGCCUUCUGCAAAUAUUUGCUGGAAAGUGGCCAAGAUCAUAUGAUUGUGUUCCAAGCGGUAAGCACUCUCAAGGAUGCUAUUAUUCGUGAAUGGUCAGUUAUGCCUCCUCAAGAGCUCACGCAGCUCCGGACGUAUUUGCUCCAGUAUGUGAUACGCAAAAUGCAACACGAAGCUAUUAUUUUUGCUGUGAGAGAAAAAUUGAUCCAACUAAUCGCGUUGAUGGUGAAACGAGAAGCUAUUGAUGACAAUGGAGAGAAGAAAACUGUAUUUUUGAAACACGUCUACAAGCUCGUCUCGAAUGGAGAACCACAUGAGAAAGUAGUUGGUUCAUCAUUGAUCUGCGCCAUCUUGCAAGAAUUUGCCGUCAUGACGAAAUCGUCAGAUAUUGGACUUCCAUUUGCGACACAUUUUUCUGCCAAGAAAGAUUUCGAGCAGCAAGAUUUGCUGGAAAUGUUCCGGUUCACCCUGAAGAUGUUGACGGAGUUGGAAAGAAUGCCGCAUCCGUAUUCCGAGCACCAAGAAUCCUUGUACGACUCAUGCCUUCAAUCAGCUGAAUCAAUUUUAACUUGGACAUUCGUGUCGAAUUUCAAUCUGCCGAGAAAGGUUCAGUCGGCCUACGAGACGGACAGUACGUUCACUUUCCGACCUCCGACUAGUUGGAAGGACUCUGUGUUGAAGCCCGACAUCUUGCAGCUGUUCUUUUCAAUUUAUUACCGGUUGCAUCCGCGUUAUCCCGGAUUGAUUCAUCGGGUGUCAGCGUGUCUCCUUCAGUUGGCCACGCUCAACAGAUUUUUUGUGACUGACGAACCGGCCUCCCUGGAAUUCGUGAGGUGUUUCGUUCAAGGUUGGCUCUACCUUUCGUCCAAUCCCAUGGCGAUGACGAGCACCGAAGCGCGCAGUCUUGCAAGCAUCAUCACACGUUUAUCGCUUUUCUUCUCUUCUGCGUUAUUGUCGAGGCUGAAGGAAGAAAUUUACGUGGUCCUUUUCGAGAGAAUGUCGUCGAUGACGCAAGUGAUGAUCCUGAAAGCAUGCGAAGAAGACGCGAGCGGAGGCGAUGACACGAAGUACAUGGACACUAUGGAGACGUUAUUGGGAGCGUGGUUGACUGUACUUCUCGAGCCCUCUAUGCAGCAGUCGAAUUUCUUGGAGUGUCUGUGCACGCCAAUCUUUGAGAAAUACUUGAUUUGCCACUUGGGUCCUCCGCAAGGAAAGCGGCUUAUGAGGGACGAAGAAGAACUUGGUACGAUUGAGGACCCCGACAGGGAGAAAUACAGGUCGCAAUUGUGUCACAUUGCGCUGAUGGGGAGACGAUUUGCGUCGCAUUGCAUUCCGUUAUUGGUGGCGUGUUUUGAGGAGCGAUUGCCAGCAUUGCAAAGCUUUUUGUGUGGGCCUGGUAUUGACGAAGGAUUGGGCAUGGAAACAACGAUACCUCCGGUGACUACGCAGAUGACUUCCAUGUUUGAGGAUCUCCAUUGGUUGUUACUGAUUGCUGGACACGUGUUGUGUAAUUCGACUGAUGACGGCAGUGUGGAAGCAGUGGUUCCUGCCGACAUCAAUGACUACAGCAUGGCUCUCUCCAAGCAAGAAAACGCGCCUCCCAUUUUUCCCGUGCCAUUUGCCGAAAAAUUCCGCGGAUCUUUAGUCGCUGGCAGUCCUGGAGUUUCUGCGACUAGUGAUCCUGUUGUGAGACUCAUUUUUGAUUGUUUGGCGUUGAGCGAAAUAUUGCGCAAUGCGGAACUUGCCGGUCGUUCUUGCGUCUUGUCUCCCGAAUUGGUUUCAACGUCGUAUUGGUUUUUGGAUCGGUUCGGAAAGGCCUACUUGGCUUUGAAUGAAGCGACGCAUACCAUGGAUCUUCCAUUGACAUUUUCAACGGCAUUCGGUUUGGAUUCUCCCGGAGCAAAAUGGGCGUUAGAAUUCUUAUUUCAAAACGCUUGCUCUUCUCUGAACGUCUGGGUUGCCGAGAAAGACCUCUUGUCCCUUGUCACCGGGAUGUUGAUUUCUCUUGCGAGGGACAGACGCAAGAGUAUGGUCAUGUCCGAAAUGCCGGAGUUCUGGACGCUAGUUCAACUGCAGGUUUCUCCUCAAUUCAGGCAAUUGCCGAGUGAAACGGUCAGGGCAUUAAUGACCUAUUUUGUUCUAACUUCAACGAAUGGCGGGCUGGAAGAAACUGUUGAAGUGAAUUUGAAGAAGGUUUUCGGGUACAUGAUUCAACAGUUCGAGAUACUUUCGAAUGAAAAUCUCAGUGCCAUGGCGAACAACGAAGUGGCUCGAGCUCAUUUGUUGUACAUAAUCGAUCUUUUUGCCGGAGUGGUAUCCGGAGGAGCGCUUCACACAGCGGACAUUCUCUACCGGCAAGUUGUCCCUGCCCUGCGGCUUUGUGUUGAGCGGGUUCUCGUGACUCUGAAUAAUGACCAGCAAGUUGUGGACGGGAUUCUUUCAUUGAUGAAUUGCAGUGUUUCCUCGCUCAUCAGCUAUUUGAACAAGAAUUUGGCCGAAGACAUGUACAGGCUCAGUUUGUCUACAAUUGCGACGUAUGCGAGGUGUAAUGUUGGAAAAAGGACGAGACAAUCUGCGGGUGAAGAAGACGAAGGAGCAUUCAAUGAUGUUGCUGUGUUGAUCGAACUGCUGAACAGCUUGCUGUCACGGGAAUACAUUGACUUGAGUCCUGAUCCAUACACGGGAUUCAUACCUGACCCUCAGCAGAACUUGACAGCAGCCCAGGUUGCACUGGAAGGAAUGAAUAUUCUGAUGCCGCUGAUGACCCAUGACCUGUUGCGGUGUCCUUGGUUAUGCAAGGCCUUUUACCAGUUGCUCACUUUUAUCAGUGUGAUCUCCGCGGAAACGUUCGCGAACCUGACGCCUGACAAGCAGGGAAUGUUCUACAAUGUAGUAGUGACGGGACUGACUGCGUUUGACGCUGAAAUUAUGAAGAGUUGCCUUGAGACAACGACUGUUUUAGCUGGCUACGUGUAUGAAAAACCUGAUUCAUCACUGAAGGGCAUGGUCUCUGGCUUUGUUAAGGUUAUUUUGGAAUUGACAAUGAGCGAAUCCGUUCGGUCUGAGAACACCGUACACCUCGGGACAUGCCUGUUCGCUUUGAUCUGCGCCUACUUGGACGAAUUCAGAGAGAAGGCGAAGAUUUUAGUCGAGAAGGUCCGUGGUGAGGAUGCGGAAAGAGGCGAAAGAUUGGAGCGAAGUUUCGUGAAGCUUUUUGACGGCGUUGAGCCGAGGUACGAACACCCGGAACGCAUCAAGUUCGCUGCCAAUUUCGAAAGGUUCCUGAUCGAGGCGCAGAGUGUAUUUUUGAUCAUGUGAUUGUACCCGUGACAGGGUCGGUGUCCUCUGUUGAGUCUUGUUUGUUUUUCUACGAUUGUAAAAUCGAGUGGUUUUUAUCCCAA